AUGGAGACGUCGCAAAGACCACCGCCUCAUCUGGCAUUCUCCUCUUCACCCGCAUUCGCCACCCCUUUGCAUCCCAUCCCGAACGCGCAAGCAGCGCGACCACCACCUCCACCGGCCUUCAAACCAUCCAUUCCCACCGUCCUCCCCAUCUUAUUACCUCCACCGACUCUACGGCCCCUCGCCUUCCGCACUUUCACCAAGAAGCACAAUCUCACCCUCACCUCCUCCGCCUUGCAAGCACUCGCCACCUUCAUCGGUCGACACUGCGGUUCAGCAUGGCGAGAAGAAGGCUCGGGAGAGAAGGUUCUGGAGGAAGUGGCGAAGCUAUGGAAAGCCGAAGCCGGUGCUGUCAUAGUUGAAGACGGCGAGAAGCUCAAAAUGAUCCUCAAAACACUGGAAGGGGGUAUGAGCGGAGGGCGGAUAGGUCUGGCCAAGACGACCAGCAAUCUCAGUCGCCAGAGCAGCUUCGCCUUUAGUCACGACAACGUCGUUGAUUUGGCUGCUGAAUCACACAGACCCAGUUUGGACGGCCAUCGGAAUAGCAGUUUCGGCAUGAGCAAAUUGCAGGUGGAGGAGGAAGAGGAGGGCGAGGAAAGCGGGAAUGAUGCGCGGGCCUGGCUCAAUGUCAUCUCCGCCUUCCAGCAGCCUCGUCUCUCAUACGAUGUGGAUAAGAAGCAUUUCACCACGCUCACGAGCAAACCUUCCCUCUUUCCCUCCGCCUCGCACAAGACCACCCUCUUUCGGGAAAGAUACCAUGUCAUCCAGCAACGUCUCCUCCGCAACGAAGCAUUUCAGACGCCGUCUUUCGGCUCAGGCACCACCACCUCGCUCGCCCGCAACGGCCCUUUGAACGAGCAAAGAUCUUACAAACUCACGCCCAUCGCGAAUCUACUUGGCCGAGGUGGAAGCUCCCAUCUACUUCUGGGAAUGCUGGCGGUUGCCCCAGCUGGCACUCUUGCCUUAAACGACCUAUCGGGAAGCAUUUCCCUGGACUUACAGCAUGCAAAACCCAUACAAGGCGAAGACACCGCCUUCUUCUGCCCGGGAAUGAUAGUUCUAGUCGACGGAGUGUACGAAGAAGAUUGGGCAGGUGCCGGUGCCAGCGGACUCGGCAACACUGGUGGUGUGGGUGGCACGAUUGGUGGUAGAUUCGUAGCCUUCAACAUCAGCGGGCCCCCGGUAGAAAAGCGCAACAUCUCACUUGGAAUUGACCUGAAGAGUAGCGAGGUCGGCGGCGGUUUCGGCUGGGUGGAUUUCCUAGGCUUUGGCUCAGAAAGAGCAGUGGGGAGUCGAAUGCGACGACUCGAGCAGCGACUUCUUGGCCCACAAGCUGGAGAGGCGGGUAGGCAGGAGAGAGGGAAGAUGGUCGUCCUCGCCGAAGUCACGCUCGACCGACCCGAGACCUUCGCCGCCCUCCGCAAAGUCCUAGAUCACUACAUCCGGUUUCCUGACGAACCGCCGAUGACAUUCCUGCUGAUGGGAAACUUCACCUCCACGGCUGCCAUGGCAGGCGCGAGCACUGGCUCCAUCGAGUAUAAGGAGAUGUUCAACGAGCUCGCCGCGGUGCUGGCAGAGUAUCCCACCUUGCUUCGCAGCAGUACAUGGGUUUUCGUGCCCGGGGAUAACGAUCCCUGGUCUUCAGCCUUCAGCGCGGGAGCCGGCGCGCCCGUACCUAGAAACUCAGUGCCAGAUGUUUUCACCAGUCGAAUCAAGCGCGCAUUCGCGACUGCCAAAACUGAGGCCGGCGCUGGCGUGAAGAAGGAGGGAAUUGAUGGGGAGGCCGUAUGGACGAGCAAUCCCACGCGCUUGAGCUUCUUCGGUCCGGUGCACGAAGUGGCCGUGUUCCGGGACGAUCUUUCUGGACGCUUAAGACGGAAUGCGGUCAGAAUGGGACAGGCAGUGAAACCGGAUGACCCAGCUGAGCGAACGAACGGUAACAGCGCCGUGUCACAGCCCUCCGGCGACGACGACAUUACCAUGUCCGGCGCUUUGCCUCUCCCGGCCGAGUCGCAAAUGGACACAGAAGGUGAAGACGACUUCGGCACACAAGAAGGCAAGCGAAUCAUCCUCUCCCUCCUCCCGCAAGGCACCCUCUCCCCCUUCCCGCUCACCACGCGUCCCACGCACUGGGACUACAGCAGCGCGCUCUCGCUGUACCCGCUACCGCACGCGCUCGUCCUGGCGGAUGCGGACGCGCCGCCUUUCGCGGUCACAUUCGAGGGAUGCCAUGUGAUCAACCCUGGACGGCUGGUGGGUGCAGGGGCGGGCAGGAGGAAGAAGGUGCAAUGGAUGGAGUAUGAUGUUUUUGGGAGGAGGGGAGUGGGGAGGAGCGAGUGGGUGGGAUAG